UCAAACUUUAUUAUUCAAAUUUUUCGUUUUUCAAACGCACUUUACUAAAUUUGUAUACAAUUUGAAAAAAUUUCCCUUUUAUUUAAAAUGUCUGCAAAAUUUGAACAAACUGUAAUGUAUUCGCAAUUACAGCCAUGGAGUACGGCUGGGGCACCACCAUGCAUGGAGCCUGUCUCAGGGCCAUCGAUACCACCACGUGUGGGAACGGCAUAUCAGAAUGCCCAUCCUCAUCCAUGGCGUCCAACGUUAAGCUAUGAAAUGAUUGAAGUCAAAAAUCUGGCAGAGCAACCAGUUACCAAUCAGCUGGUUAAGCCCACAUUUGCCCCAGCUCAUAUGUCAACCGAGCCUUUGACAUUUCCCAAUUUGGUCACAGGUUUUAGUCAAAAUCCUCAACAUGCAGCCAGAGCAGCUUUGUAUACGCGUUACACCCCAGGGGAAUGGGCUAACAAUAAUCUGUCCAAAUAUGCGGAGUCGAAUAUUAAUCGCAAUCAAUCGGAGCGCUUGAGAAAUGAUGCCGUUCGUCUUAUGCGUGAAACCGAUGAGAAGACCGCCCAGGGACAGCGUGAUGCUGGCCGUCGUUUGGGUGAACGCAUCACAGAUGUUACAUUUUGGCGCAAUGAACUGAAUACGGAAAUGGAAAAACUGGUCAGCGAAUCAUCGGCAUUCACAGAAUUGAAACGCAAAUGUGCCAAGGCCAUGAUGGAUUUGGAAGCACCGCUGCAUAUAGCCCAAGAGUGCCUGUAUCAUCGUGAAGGUCGUGCGGGGGUAGAGAAAGUUCAUGAUUGUGUGGAGAAAGCUUUGCUUUUGGAGAUUGACAAUCUGAGAAAUGCUCGUGAUAAACUGAAGGAAUUACAUGAAAGGAUCACCAUUCAAGCCCAUGAUUGCCGUGCUGCCCAACAUCUUCUGGAGGAAGAUGUCUCAGGCAAGGACUCUACUCUGGGAAUUGAUACUGUGUGCCAUCAAUUGAACAACUAUAGCCGAGGUUUAGCUUAUUAUGGGGGUAUUGAAAAAUAUGAUCCCACUGUGAGUACACAGGAGUCAUGGGCUGAGGCUAGUAGUCAACGUGUUAGCAGAUCUCAAUCUGAAAGAGCAAAACUUUCUCAAUUGCGUAGUGACGCUGAUACAAUGGUAAAUGCCAUUGCCACUGCCGUAUGGGAUCACUGGAGCAAUACGAAUAAUGCCUUCGAUAGACGAUCGCAAGAAAUGGCCGAAUCGAAAAAUAAAAUCCAAUUGCAUUUGCACAAAACUCAACAAGAGCUAUUCGAUUUGGAGAAACACAUCUUUCUGCUGCAGAAAGCCAUACAGGAUAAAUCGAAUCCGCUUAAAGUGGCUCAGACAAGAAUGGAGGCACGCUCACACCGCACAGGUGUGGAAUUGUGCAAGGACUAUGCCCAAAUGCGUUUGACACAGGAAGUUCAUGAGCUCAAGGAUACAGUCAAUAAUCUACAUCAUAAACUGCAAGAAGCCGAAGCGCAACAUCAGAGUUUACUUAAGACUCGAGCUAGCCUGGAAAGUGAUUUGCGUAAUAAAGUUAAUGCCCUGUUCAUUGAUCGUGAGAAAUGUAUGGGUCUGAGACGUGCUUUCCCCGUUAAUAAUAUGAUCAAAUAUUAGUCAUAGUGUGGCGGCGUUAGGAUGUAGUCAAUUUGUAAUCUUGUGCAUUUAAAAAAAUCUUUUUUAGAGCAAAUUUGUGGAUCCGAUUACAUGAAAAAUUAGUUCAUUACAAAUAUGUAUGUCUUUGAAAUAAACUAUUUGGAUUGAUUAAAAAUAA